UCCCUGAGUUGACCCAGAAAAUAGGCAGUCGUUUCAAGAUCUGAUGCGGCAGUCUUUGUGCACACCGUCCCCGCUUGAGCAUGAAGCGUAACCCUGUGGAAUAGAUACUGUAAUUCGGAGGAGUGUUGCCUUGCAGAGGAAAACUGUUUAAAUAAACGGAGCCAAAGCAAAGUCGCGCAACUUUGUGAAAACGUAGCGGAUACGGACAGGAGGCAUGGCAGACCAUCUGAUGAUGCCCAUGAAUCACAGCUCAGCGGGCGCCAGUCUCCACGGUUACAGAAUGGGCAUGAAUGGCGGCCUGCAGGCAGGUCACCAGCAGCAUGCCAACCAGCAGGGCAUGCGGGUGCUGCCCAAUGGCCAGAUGAUGCACUACGGUGGUGCCCAGGCCAACAUGGAGACUGCCAUGAGGCAGCGGCAGGGCAUGGUGGGCGGACCCAUGAAUGGACAACUGAGCGGGGCCCAGAUGGGGCACCACCAGAUGACCUCUGGUAACAUGAUGUAUAAUGGCCAGCCCCAGCAGCAACAGCAUCACCCUCAGCAGCAGCAUCACAUGCAUCCACAACAACAACAGCAGCAGCAGCACCAACAACAACAACAACAACAACAGCAGCACCAGCAACAAGCCCAGCACCCGCAGCAGCAACCACAACAACAACAACAACAACAACAGUUCAUGAACGGAGGGUUAACGUCCCAGCAGCUCAUGGCCAGCAUGCAGCUGCAAAAACUCAACACCCAGUACCACGGACACCCACUGGGACCUAUGGGUGGGAACCACAUGGGGCCCACGACCCAGUACCGCAUGAACCCGGCCCAGCUGGCUAACAUGCAGCACAUGGCCGGACCAGCCCUGGCCCUGAACGGCAUGGACGCGGAUAUGAUUGACGAGGAAGUUCUGACCUCGCUGGUCAUGGAGCUGGGCUUGGAUCGGGUCCAGGAGCUGCCUGAACUCUUCCUGGGCCAGAAUGAGUUUGACUUCAUCUCAGACUUUGUCAGCAAACAGCAGCCCAGCACCGUUAGUUGCUGAGAGGACCUGAUUUUCAAAAGGGGCACAAAUGGAGACAGGAGAGAGAGAAUUGUCCAGGGUGGAUGAAAAAGUGCUCAUCUCUUCACUUUUUAUUUAGUGAGCACAUCCCUGUACAACUACGCCCAGUUGCGGCACAGGAUGUACAGAAGAGAACUCUGGAUAUUCACAGGGAACACACAGUGCUCGAGUCUCACAUGUGCGAGUGGCCUGAGGGUGGAUGGAUUCAAGGCAGAGUUCCACCGCUCCCAUUUCCUGGACAUGAAUGUAAUGAAGAAAUGCAGAAAUUCUUAAAAAGCCACUCUGAACAAUGCUAUGACACUGUGUAGCCUCCGAGCCUGGACUCUAUGACAGUUUACCAGUAAAAAGGUGUAUUUAUUUAUUCCUAUCUGAGAAAACUGAUAUAAAGAACAACCACCAUCUCCAUUUUGGGAACCAAGUGGUUUUAACAAUUCUUUUUUUCUGAGAGUAGGAUGGGGGAGACAUUUUAAAUUAAGUUCUCUUGAUGAUUUGUUUCCCCCAUUCUAUUUGCCCAGUAUUUAAAUAAGCUCGGGUGACACGGUCAUCGAAAAAAGAGCCUGUAUUUUCUAUCAUAAGUCACACCCGAUAGAAGAUCAAUGUUAUCUCAUUUGAAUGGGGGGCCUCAUCCAGAUUUUAAAAAAUGGUUCACUUUUGGUAAAGUGUUGCCUUUUUUAGAUGUAAUGUUCUCAAAAAAAAAAAAUCUACUGCUUUUACUGUAUGAAGCUGUAUAACUCCAACAUGUCCACACUGUUGUGUUCUAUUGGAGGUGUAGAACCGCCUUAAUCGCGCAGAUUCUUAUUUAUUGGUUGUUUAUAUUGUCCCCUUUUUUGUGGUCAAGAUGGGGGGGGGGGGGAUGGUCUGUGAAGGGGGUUUUGAGGAUCAAUAAAGAUGGCCUGGAUAGAAAUGUGGCCUGCUUUUCCAUUCAUUGCACAGUUCUUCCCCUAGGCAGUGGAGAGCUAGCUAAGUGCUUAAGUUAACCUGUGGGUGAAGGGAAACCUCAGUUUCUUUCCAGUCUGGGAUAGAAAUGUUCAAACGGAUAGGAUAUUUAUGCUUUCAUGGGGAAUAUACUCUACUCCCAUUGCUCCUGGGUAAUUUGCUAUUUUCAUUGCUAAUAAGGCUACUGAACAUGAGUGACAUACAUAGACACUGACAUGUUUCCCUGCUGGUUAGCUAAAGAACAGCGGUAUUAUAUGUCAGUGUACAUCUGUUAUUGCAUCUCUGGUAGCGGUAGCCAAACGUGAUUUAUCAUUCAACAUUUUAUCUUGGUGCUUAUCCAAGCCCAAAUGCCAUGCACUGACAUAAUAGGUGGUAUACGUUUGCCAUAAUGGCAAGAUAUUCAUUGAAAAGACUGGUGGGCUCACAAAACAGUAUUUGAACAAUAUUGUUUUCGCUACAGCAACACAAACAUUUGUUUCUUUUCUGUGUGUAAAGCGUAAUGUGAGCAUGUGUGUGGUUGGGAGAGGUGAAAAUGACCAAAGAAUGCUUACCGUGAUGGGGGUUUAACUGACUUAAAGCUUGUAAGCCCUGCUGACUCAAAGACAGUGCAGCUCUCGGGUCAGAGAAACCAACUCCUGGCUCUAAAUAAUAACAAAUGACUUAUGCAAAGUCAGAACAAGCCCCUCUCCAGUCUAAGCCACAGCCAGUUGGAGGGGUAAAACAAUUUUCCCCAUAUAAUUACAUUCAUUAUGAAACGGGGGGUAAAGGGAUUCUCUGCGGUGGGUGAGUUUGUUGGAUCGUCAUGUGCCUGCGGGCUAUGAAAACGCUUGAUUGAGGUCAUGUUGGGAAUGUCAUUGCCGCAUCUAGCUUUUCACAUUGUCAACAAAUGCGUCUUUAGUGAGUAACGAGGGGGAAUGAGAACACUGUUGUUUGUAACCAGGAAUAGUGUUCAAUGAUUGCUCAAUUUUUGAGUCAACUCUGCUCUUAAAGCAGCCUCGUAUACUCUCAUUUGUCCAUUUGUGUUUCGAGGCUGAUGUGCUAAAUUUGAAACACCGUAUCAUGGAUGAUCCAAACUGAAAUAUCCUGGCCUCAAUGCGGGCUUGUUUCAAGUAACAGAGACUAGCUUAAGGGUGUGUGUGUGUAUUUUCUUGGCUUUGCACUGUCAAGAGAAUGGCUCACAAGUAGGCCAACAGCCUUGGCACAGUGCUUAGUAACGGUUGCAGGUCCCUUGCCCAGUGCCAAUCUGGUGAGAUGGUCUUCUGGUGUGUGUGGCACAUGGGGCGUGUUGGCACACUGUCAGAUCUCUGUCGCCUCAUAUAUCUCAUAAUUGUAUGCUGCACUGUGAGCUCCUUGUUUAGCCCCAAUUAAAUGCAGAGGUUGUGUUUCUU